AUGAAAAUUGUUACCGAAAGUGUAAACUCGUUAGAGUGUGAUACAACUGAAACUCUGAAUAAUGAUAACAACAUGGAUAAUAAUUAUAACGAUUUUAGAAAAAUUGAAGAUGACGAAAAAGGUGAAGAAACUGAGUUUGACGCAAAUUUAUUUUUUGAUUUGAAUCACGACGAGGAAAAACUUGAAGAAAACAGACAACAAAAUGUUGAAAUAGUUACAUCUGAAGAGGAUUUGUUCAAUUAUAACGAAGAAGAAAAUUUGUUUAAUGGAGUUCAAAAAGAAAAGGUUGAAGAAAUAAAAAAGGAAUUUAUUGAGUUCUAA